AAAAAAAAACAGCGAUCAAUGAAGAAGGAAGAGAAAAACUUUCAAUGAGGAUUUUUGCAAAGUUUCUUUCUAACAAAACAGCAGAUCUUUGUGAUUCUUGUGGUAUAAUUUUUGAAACCAUCUUUCAGAAAGUGAAAGUAAAGUUCAGAUUGCUGGAGAUCAAACAGAGAAAAUGGCUUCACUAUCUGAAGAUGAUUUUUCUUGUACCGUGUGCUGUGAAAUCUUCAAGGCCCCUGUUGUUUUAUCAUGUAGUCACAGUUUCUGUAAAGAGUGUCUUCAACAGUUCUGGAGAACCAAGGAAACUCAGGAGUGUCCUGUCUGCAGGAGAAGAUCCUCAAGAGAUGAUCCUCCACUUAAUCUUGUGUUAAAAAACUUGUGCGAGUCGUUCCUGAAGAAGAGAAAUGAGAGUCGUUCAUCAGGGUCUGAGGAGCUCUGCAGUUUACACAGUGAGAAACUCAAACUCUUCUGUCUGGAGGACAAACAGCCUAUAUGUGUAGUAUGUAUUAACUCGCAUAAACACGUCAAUCACACAUUCAGACCCAUCAGUGAAGUUGUUCCAUCACAUAAGGAGGAGCUCAUAUCAGCACUGGAGUCCUUACAAGAGAAACUUAAACACAUAGAAAACAUUAAAGAAGAGUUUAAGAAAACAGUUCAACUCAUAAAGUCUCAAGCUGAGCACACAGAGCAUCAAAUAAAACAUUAUUUUGAGAAGCUUCAUCAAUUUCUCAGAGAUGAAGAAGAAGCUACAAUCACUGCACUGAGGGAGGAAGAGGAGCAGAAGAAGCAGAUGAUGAAGGAGAAACUGCAGGAGAUGAACAGACACAUCUCAACUCUUUCACACACAAUCAAAGACAUGGAGGAGAUGAUGAAAGCCAAUGACGUCUACUUUCUGAAGGAGUUUCCAGUCUCAAUGGAAAGAGUCCAGAUCUCACAGCCGGAUCCACAGAUGGCUUCUGGAGCUUUGAUUCAUGUGCCACGUUACUUGGGCAACCUGACGUUCAGAGUCUGGAAAAAGAUGCAGGACAUUGUCCAAAACACUCCUGUGACUCUGGAUCCAAACACUGCAAAUCCACAUCUCGUCCUGUCUGAUGAUCUGACCAGUGUGAGAUGGAGUGAGAACAAACAACCACUUCCUAAUAAUCCAGAGAGAUUUGAUAUCUAUGAGUGUAUUCUGGGUUCAGAGGGUUUUAACUCAGGAACACACUGCUGGGAUGUGGAGGUUAAAGAGAGUUCAGCCUGGAGUCUUGGAGUAACUUCAGAAUCAAACCAGAGGAAGGGAUGGGAUUUCUAUAACACUGAUAUCUGUUGGGCGCAGUACGGACUGGGUGAGCGGUUUGGCUUUCCUGUUGAACAGGAUCUUGAGCGUGUGAGAGUUGAUCUGGACUAUGACAGAGGAACGGUGUCAUUCUCUGACCCUAUAACUAACAAACAUCUACACACAUUCACAACCACCUUCACUGACACAGUCUUUCCAUUCUUCUAUACUCUUUACCCUCUAACGAUCUUACCAGUCAACAGUCAGUAAAUGUUACCCCUGUAGGUCUGGAUUGAGCUGCUUUCAUCUUUUCCAAUAUUUGUAUGUCUAAAUCUUCUCAGAAAUGCUCUUAAAGGGAGAGUUCACCCAACAAUGAAAAUUCUGUCAUCAAAUACUCACUCUCCAAUCCCGUAUGAGUUUAUUUUUUUCUGUUGAACAUUAAAGAAGAUAUUUUGAAGAAUGGGGGUAAUGGCUGGUCCUCAUUGACUUCCAUGGUAUUGUUUCCAUACAAUUUGGUCAAUAGGGAUCAGAAACUGUUUGGUUACUGUGGCAAGCAGGACGAGGCAGAGGGCUGUUAUUGAUAAUGAGCAUCAAAUGCGCUACACACCGGGCUCGUAUCUCACGAGGAGCUACAGAAGCGUAAAAGGAGGAGCGAUGA